GACAUGCCCCUGGUCCUGAGGCAGUUUUACCACAAUGGGCUACAGGAUGUUAAUCUGUGCAAUUUCAGCCAUGGCCAGACCAGCUUGGACAGGCUGAAAGACGGUCUCGUGGGUGCCCAGUUCUGGUCAGCCUACGUCCCAUGCCAGACCCACGAACGGGAUGCUGUGCGCCUCACCCUGGAGCAAAUUGACCUCAUCCGCCUCAUGUGUGCCUCCUAUUCUGAGCUGGAGCUUGUGACCUCAGUUAAAGCUCGCAACAAUACCCGGAAGUUGGCUUGCCUCAUUUGUGUGGAGGGCGGCCACUCACUGGACAGUAGCCUCUCCAUCUUGCGUACCUUCUGUGCGCUGGGUGUGCGCUACAUGACACUCACCCACACCUGGAACACGCCCUGGGCACAGAGCUCAGCAAAGGGUAUCCACCCCUUCUACAGCAAUGUCAGUCGGCUGAGCGGCUUGGGCGAGAAGGUGGUGGCAGAAAUGAACCGCCUGGGCAUGAUGGUGGACUUGUCCCACGUCGAUGCUGUGGCACGGCGAGCCCUAGAAGUGUCACAGGCAGCUGUCACCUUCUCCCACUCAGCUGCCCGGGGUGUGUGCAAGAACACUCGGAAUGUUCCUGAUGAUAUCCUGCAGCUUCUGAAGAAGAACGGUGGCAUCGUGAUGGUGCCCUUGUCCGUGCGGGUGCUGCAGUGCAACCCGUUAGCCAACGUGCCUACUGUGGCAGAUCACUUCGAUCACAUCAGGGCAGUCACUGGAUGCAAGUUCAUCGGGACUGGCGGAGGUUAUGAUGGGGCUGGCCGGUUCCCGCAGGGGCUGGAGGACGUGUCCAUAUACCCGGUACUGAUAGAGGAGUUGCUGAGGCGUGGCUGGAGUGAGAAAGAGCUCUGGGGUGUGCUUCGAGGAAACGUGCGGCGGGUCUUCAGACAGGUGGAACAGGUACGGGAGGAGAACGAGGGACAGAGUCCCUUGGAGGAUGACUUCCCAGAUGAGCAGCUGGGCAGCUCUUGCCGCUCCGUCCUCCCACGUCUGCAUCAGAGAGAGGAUCUGGCUCCAGACCAGAAACUAACCAGAGCUGCGGUUCGUGGGAAUCCCAUUUUGUCACCUAAGUGGUCAUUCUCAAAAUCUUGCCCCCACAUGGGCCCAGGCCUCACAGUUAUUGCUGCCUUCCCAGUCCUCAUUGUUUGGCUCUGGUGAUCCAGUUAAUCCUGCCAGAUGUCACUUUGGCAGCCACAGAUACCCCACAAAGUUUCCUUGCAUGCGAGCACAAACAUUUCCUAUGUAUUAUUCUUUUCUGAUAAUUCUUUCAAUGUAUCCCUUCUGGCUUUGUGCAAAGCGAUUCUUUGUUUUGUACACGGGGACCACAUCUGGGAAAACAUCGCCACACCCUCCUAAGUUACAGGGGGAGACCCGAACUGGCCAAGCCAUGACAGGAGCUCGCCGCUGCUGAGCUCUACAGAUCCCGCUCCUUCCACACAGUUCGCCAGUUCCGCGGCGAGCUCAUCUUUCUUGAUGUUCUUCCCUUAGGAGACGUGUACAAUGCAGCAGGAUUCUCAGCCCGUUCCCCGUGGUCACUUGUGCUACAUGGAGCUUUGCAGUGUUCUGUGCCGGCCGUGGGCCGCCGCUGGGACACUGUGUGACAACUGCCUGCACAGGACUUCG